AUGUCAAUCAAACCUGACUCCGUGCCCGCUACCAUAAAGAAAGACAUCAAUGUCACCCCCUUCAUUGCAAGGGCUACAGAGCUUCAGACAGUUAAUCCUGUCGUGAGUUAUUAUUGCAAGAUCUACGUUCUUGAGCAUAUCCUCUCGAACAAGCUCCAUACCACUGAUAAGGAAGUGGAGGCUUUCACCAUAGCCUUGCUAGAAGAUACAGAGUUGAUCAAGAACUCUACUGAGGACGAGGACCUCCACAAGAUUCUCACAAAUCGACAAUUGUCAUUGAAUGUGCUGUUUGCCUUCGUCUUCAAGUUGUUCCUUAGCACCCUCGAGGGCGUGUCCAAUUAUGACGGAAUUAACAAGAUUCCGCUUGCCAGCAAGUUGAGAGCGUCUAUCAAUUUCAUGACUUCCCUCAAGGUUUUCACAGGAGACAGUGACGAUUCACUUGACUUUGCUGAGACUACAGGCAGCAAGUGCAAAGACAGAGAGGAAUUUAUAACCUUUAUCAAAGAAAAAACCAAGGUGUUGAAAUAUCAAUUGAGUAAAUUGAUAAAGGAUGAGCUCCCAGUUAAGGGUGAAGAUGAGGAUCUUGCUAAGUUGGAGGAAGAAGAAGAUGAAACAGCAAAGGCUGCUGACGAGGAUGAGCAGUCUCCUGUUCUUCCAUCAAUUGUCGGUAAAGAGCCAUCGUCGGAGCCGCAAGAAGAGAAUUCAAAGCUGCUUGGGCCAUCAUCGAAGUCUCCUGCUCCACAAAGUCCUUCGGCUAAGGACGAGCCUGAUCUUCCUUUCAAUCUUCCUGGCGCCCCAAAGUACGACCCGGAGAGUGAGACAAAUGCUGAUGAGGAAGAGGUUAAGUUGCCUGGUGCUCCGAAAUUUUUGCCUGAUGAUGAUUUAUCUCAUAUCAACAAGGACUCGUCAAUAAAGGUAUUCCCUCCAGAACCUACUGAGGAGCGCGAGGAAGAGAAAUCCACACCAAAACCAGCGAGUCGAACAGGCUCAACGAAUAAUGUCAAGCACCACAAGCCCAUCACAAAGGAGAAUCUUAAAACAAUCUUGGAUACUGGAGAGCAAAUAACGCAAGCUCAAAAGCACGCCAAGUUUGCAAUUUCAGCUCUCAAUUACGAAGAUAUCGAGACUGCUGAGAAAGAACUUCUUCAAGGGCUCGAAGGGAAAGAGAUCAAGGAUCUUGUUGAGAUAGAUCUCGAGGAUAACCCACCAAAGUCCUCCCAUUAUGGAGAUCCUGACAGUCGCUGGUUUAGUUUCUCGGGUCUAUUUGGUAACUUGCGGGCGAGAGGUCGAGAAGUUUCGACGAAAGCUGAUUCCAGUCCUGAUAGUAUCACAGAUUACGGUGCCAGCCCGUACUUGGUUCCUUACCCAAAACAGGAUCUCGCCUCGAUCGAAGAAAGCAAUGCUCCUGGUAACUGCAAUGAACAAGAAUUAUUUCACAUAAACAAUUUGCAGUUCUGUCCUAUCAUGAAUCCGCCUAUUGCAGCACAUAUGAAGAAUGAACACCUAAGCGAGAAUCCACCAGCUCCCACAUUGUUUGAACCAGUGAAGGAGAUGUUCACCAAAACGACCCUGGAAGGAACCUUUGAUGAGUCUUGUGAGGAAAGUUUGUUGUCACAUUCCGUCACUCCUCGCCGGGCUCCCAAAUCAUUAAGAGCCGAUGCGAUCAAAGCUCCGCAAAAAGCCCUUCUCAAGUUCAGCUUGGAGACAUCGAAAGAGAUCGAAGAAUCCCAGGAUCGAAGGAUUAAUCAGAUUCAUAUCAAACGUCGUCUUGAACGUUUGUUUGAGGAUAAUCUUAUACUAAAGAACAAGGGGCUUCGAUCGAGCAUAGACAAGAACAACGGGGGCAUAACCCUCACCGCUUUCUUUGCCAGGGUAAUGCCAGCGUUCUCGAGGAAAUAA